AUGGAGAAGAAGAAGCUAAACCUCAUCAUCCCUAAUCCUCAACCUCAUGGAAUCAUUCCACGCGGCAAUAAUUCCUCUUUCUCCCAAGGACAAGAUUCACUGUGGAUGAUGAAUUUGAGGACUGACGAAACAAUGGAUUCUGGAGCUUAUCCCGAGCGACCAGGGGAGCCAGAUUGUUCAUACUACAUCAGAACUGGACUCUGUAGAUUUGGUGCAACGUGUCGAUUCAAUCAUCCUCUUAACAGGAAGCUGGCUAUUGCCACUGCCAGGAUGAUAGGCGAGUUCCCAGAAAGAAUAGGACAACCAGAAUGUCAGUACUAUCUGAAGACAGGAACUUGCAAAUUUGGAGCCACAUGCAAAUUUCAUCAUCCUAAAGACCAGGCUGGGAUUGCUGGAAGAGUUGCUUUAAAUAUUUUAGGCUAUCCGCUCCGCCCCAAUGAGCCAGAAUGCACUUAUUAUUUGAGAACAGGACAAUGCAAAUUUGGGAACACUUGCAAAUUCCACCAUCCUCAACCGAGUAAUACGAUGCUUUCAUUACAGGAUUCUCCUGUUUACCCUACCGUUCAUUCUCCAACUACACCAGGUCAGCAGUCAUAUGCUGGAGGAAUUACAAAUUGGUCAAGGGCAUCAUACAUUCCUAGUCCUCGCUGGCAAGGUCCUUCAAGUUAUGCACCCUUAAUUCUUCCUCAGGGAGUGGUUUCAGUGCCUGGGUGGAGUGCAUACAGUGGUCAAAUGGGAUCAAUCUCUACUUCAGAUAGUCUGCAGCAAGCAAUGAGAAAUGGUCAAACAUAUGGAACUUCUCGCCAAAGUGAGCUAGCAAACACAGGAUCACAUGGAGCAUAUUCUCAACUCCGUUCGGGUACUGUUCCAGUUGGGUUUUAUGCAUUGCAGAGGGAGAACAUAUUUCCUGAGAGACCUGGCCAGCCUGAAUGCCAAUUCUACAUGAAGACAGGAGAUUGUAAGUUUGGUGCAGUCUGUCGGUUCCACCACCCACGGGAAAGGCUAAUUCCUGCUCCUGACUGUGUCUUGAGUCCCAUGGGCCUUCCUCUACGUCCUGGAGAACCUUUGUGUGUAUUCUAUUCUCGUUAUGGCAUAUGCAAAUUUGGCCCAAGUUGCAAGUUUGACCAUCCAAUGGGAAUUUUCACCUGUAAUAUCUCUGCAUCGCCUUCAGCCGAUGCCCCAAGCAUGCAUCUGUUAGGAUCUUCAUCAGGAACUGCUGCAUUAAAUUUAUCUUCUGAUGGGCUUGUUGAGUCAAACUCAGCAACGCCCAGGCGGCUUUCAUUAUCAGAGACAAGACAGAUUCCUUCUGAUGAUGAUGACAUUGACGAUGAUGGAUGA